AUGGCGGCGCGCGGCCUGCGCGGCGUCCGCGACGACCUCUCGGAGCUGGGCCGCCACCUGCUCGACAUCGCCUGCUUCCUCCACCCGCUCCUCAACCCGGCCCACACCGACUCGCCGCCCUCCACCCCCACGCACGCGCGCCGCCGGGCCCGCUCCCCGUCCCCGCGCCCCGCCACCCCGCCCUCGCCGUCCCCCUCCAUCCUCGCGGGCAUCCUCGCCGACCUCGCCGAGAUCGGCGGCUCCUUCCGCGUCGGCUUCUCCGGCCGGGCCCUCCCCGACCGCCAGCCGCCGCCAGCCCGGGCCCUCCCCGUCCCGGACUCCCCGCCCCACGCCCCCGCCGCUGCUACUGGCGUCGCCGAUGGUGUCCUCGGAGCGGCCCGCGCGCUCGCCGCCAGGCCCGACGCCUGGAUUGACUUCCCCGUGCUCGCGCUCGAUGAGAAUGCUACAAUCUCUGACAUCGAGAGAGAUCACAUGGAAGUCAUUGAGAAACUUGUCCCGGAUUUAGCAUCUCUCAGGGCUAGGCUCUGCCCUUCCUACAUGGAUCAAGAUGUAUUCUGGAAGAUAUACUUCAGGCUGCUUGAGUCAACCCUUAGCGAGCAUACUUCAGAGGAAGACAACCAGAAUGUUCAAAGUUCUGUGCAUCACAUAAAUGAGAUAGAGUCUCCACCUCAUGUCUGUGAGAUAGAAAGCGAGAAAAGCACUGCGGAGGGUUAUCAAUCGUCAGAAAGUCAGGCAUUGACCAAAACACGAUCUGAGCAAAGCAUUGACCAAUGGGUGUUUGCAAAGUCAAAAUCAGAGACGAGCAUGGAUCAGUGGUCUGAAGUACCUUCGGAUGUCGAGUCUUUUAGAGAAGGUAAAAAAUACCUCAGUAGUGAGGCCGAGGACAUGAGUGACGUUGACAACUCCAAUGUUGUCGUCAUGGACAAAUACAUGGAUUCGCUCCUGCCAUUUCGGAGGAACCUUCCAUACGCCAGUUCCUCUGUGCGAAGGGAUUCGGUAAGAAGAAAGCCCGCUUCCUCCCCUGACUAUACCCACCGGCCUCCGCAACCCACCCCGCCUCCAUCGCUGUCGAAGAAGGAAUCUUGGGAUCUCAUUCAGGAUUCAGAGUUUGACAUACUUGACAGUUAGCAAUGGAGAUCGCUGUGAUCUCAAUGCCUUCAAAUUUUUCUUCAUUUCUCUAUCCUUCACCUGGUUUGUAAAUGGCAGCCUUCAGGUGGUGCCAGUGGUUGGAAACAUUUGACAGUAAUAAUAUAGUGUGCAUAAAUAUCUCUCUCUAUGCGUCUAGAGUAUAUAUCCUCUCAGCCCACAUGCUGUAACAUGAUAAAUUUGACAUGGAUCUGUCGAGAGUGAGGCUUUGGAUAUUGGCCUCCCUGAUAUAGACAAUUUGUGUUGCAUGCUGUA